UUAGUAGCAAGACGACAACCACCAGAAAUACCAUCACUACCAGUAAGGCCCAUAGCAGAAACAAGCCAGCAUCAUCACGAGUUCAUCCUCGUGAUGACCUAUGAUGGCGAUCUUGAUUACCAUAAAGGAAAUCGCAGACAAAGGUCAAAUGCAGCUGAAGCCUGGACCUGGUUCUAUGCCGAAGACCUAAAUAGAGUGGUGGUAGAUGAGACUCAGGAGCUGGGUGAGACUCAGCAUAGAAAUGAAGAAAUCUUUGAAGUAUGCGUCAUUUGCCAUCAAGGACUAAGUAACGUGACAACUAUUCCUUGCCAGCAUGUGUUUUGCAGAAGGUGCAUAAUAAGGUGGAUGGAUGAAGGGAAUACAGGAUGCCCGUUAUGUAGAGCCCACAUAAAUCGUCUACAAAAUUAAACUCAAGAAAAAUAUUGAAUGAUCA